CCUUUCCUAACUCCUCUCGCCGCCGCCGCCGUCGCCGUCACCGCCGACCUCCUCGGCUCCUCCCUUCGCUGCCGCGCCUCCCUCUCCGUCCUCCUCCUAGGCAGGUGCUGCUAUCUGGCACCACUCUCGCCGAUUGGACCCACUUCUAGCGACCCGCCCAGCUCGACAAGUAGGUUUAUUAUCCAUUGCUUGCUCAAGCUGAGUCAUGGAAUGCUUGCAGCAAUGAGCACAGCCGUGGAUGCUUCAGUGCCUGUCGCCGAGCAGGAGGAUGGUGCUGCGAAUAUCUUGGCUGGGAAGAAAGUUGCAGUUGCAUUUGUUCUAGGUGGUCCUGGAAGUGGAAAAGGUACACAAUGUAGCAAUAUUGUGGAGCAUUUCGGAUUUACACAUCUUAGUGCUGGAGAGCUGUUGCGCUCAGAAAUCAAGUCUGGUUCUGAGAAUGGAACCAUGAUUGACAGCAUUAUAAAGGAAGGGAAAAUUGUUCCAUCUGAGAUAACCGUAAAGCUCUUACAAGAAGCAAUGGUAAAAAGUGAAAAUGACAAAUUCCUCAUUGAUGGAUUUCCAAGGAAUCAAGAAAACCGUCUGUCAUUUGAGAAUGUUAUAAAAAUAUCUCCUGAGUUUGUGCUAUUCUUCGACUGUUCUGAGGAAGAGAUGGUAAGGCGUCUUCUGGGUCGCAAUCAGGGAAGAGCUGACGAUAACAUUGAGACUAUCAGGAAAAGAUUCAGAGUUUUUGAAGAAUCAAGUUUGCCUGUAGUUCAGUACUAUGACUCUAAGGGCAAGGUUAAGAAGAUUAAUGCUGCAAAACCAAUCCUUGAGGUGUUUGAAGAUGUGAAAACCAUUUUUCAGUCCUAUGGCCCAAAGGCCGCAUAGAUGCGCUCAUGCAAAAAUAUGUGAUUCAUUAAAACGGUGACCCCAGAAGUACCGAAGGAAAAGGCUGGAGCUCACGGCGCGCUACCCUGCCAGCAUGCCACUAGAUAGUCGUUCAUCAUCUGAUUUAUAAGUAUUUCUGAUCUUUAUUAGUGAGUAGAGGGGAACUGGAGCACAUAUCAGUUCACCUGUGUGCCCACCUCGCUGCCGCAACGAACCAUCCCAUUCGUUACUAUCGUCAAGUUAUGUAGUCUUUGUUAUGGACAUGGUUAAUGAUAUCUUGUCAGGAAAAAAGAUUGCAAUUAAUCAUUCGGCCACAUCA